AUGAGGGAACACGUCACAAAACACGUCCUGGACCUCCGAAGGGGAAGUGUAGAGAGUGCCGAGGGUCCAAAACACCGGUUGGUAGAUUGUGAUCUAGUGGUAGUUGUGUCUGCACGGGGUAAAGGCGGUAAGGGUCUCGGUAAGGGUGGUGCUAAGCGCCACCGCAAGAUUUUCCCCGACAACGUCCAGGGCGUCACCAAGCCCGCCAUCAGGCGACUGGCCCGGCGUGGGGGUGUCAAGCGCAUCUCCGGCCUUAUGUACGAGGAGACCCGCGGGGUGCUCAAGGUCUUUCUGGAGAACGUGAUCCGUGACGCUGUCACCUACACCGAGCACGCCAAGCGCAAGACGGUCACCGCCAUGGACGUGGUCUACGCGCUCAAGCGCCAGGGCCGCACCUUGUACGGCUUCGGAGGCUGAAUCUGAAUUCACAAACUCGGAUU